UAGAAGUUUUGGUGCGAUAAAGAUUUUGAGAAAAUGGGUUUCCUUUCAAAGUUAGUCAACGCAGUAGAGAAGCGACCACACUUGUGGUUCGCUGCCAGGGAUGCCGAUUGGAAAGAUGUCGCCGACGAAGUAUUCAGCGAUGAGUACUAUGAUUGGAUCGUGGAGGAAAUCGAGGAGAAAGCUACAUUAUGCAGAGAAGAAUGGGAAAUACUUCGAUGCCAGUACCUGGGGUACAUCGACUUCGUAGAUCGUAGUAUUUAUACUAAACAAAAAUACUACCAUGACGGCUACGACACAUUUCCCAUAGCCCUCGAUUUCCUGGGGGUCCCAUCUAAUCGAGGAGCCCGCCUCAAUAAGGCGAUGGCAUGUGGGACCCCCAUACGGUCAUCCAAUUAUGGAUAUCAGAUAUCUAGCCCAGAUGAAUAUACCCAAGAAGAGAAAUGGAUGAUUGAAGAGUUCUUAUGGAGGAGAAACCUGCCAUCUCCUCAGAGUAGGAACCCUGCGGAAUAUGAAGGAGCAUGGCAGGAUUUCCUCCGUAACGGCAGACCUCCGGUUGAUCACGAUCCGGACGAUGAGAAAAAGGAAAGCCAGAAAGAUUCUGAAGAGCGGCCUAAAGUCCGGAGACGGUUGUUCGCCUAGGGAGGAAUUAUGUAUAUUUAUGUAUAUAUUAAAUUUAUGUAUAUUUAUGUACUUUUUAGUUAUGUAUUUAUUUAUUUAUUAAAUUUCUG